GGGGUGGGGGGUGGGGGCGAGGGAGGUGUCACCGGCCAUAGGCGGCGGCCCCACUGUCACACGCGAUGCUCUCUCCGUCCGCAGGCCGGGGUCCGGGUUACCAGCCCAGGAGUUCCGGGCCCCUCCCCCGAGGCCGGUGGCCCCUCCCCCCGAGCCAUGGUGGCCGCCCCGGGGGCGCCAGGUCCUAGCCCGGACUCCCAGGAGGCCGCGUCCGCAGUCCCGGCGCCCGAGGCGCCCGCGCCGACCGCGUCGCCUUCGCGGGAGGCCCCGGCCGGCUCUGAACCCUCGCCGUCCCCGCCGCCCCUCCAGCUGCUGCCGCCGCCGCCCGCGAGCCCGGGGGCCGGGAGGCCGCCGCUGCGCCUGGUCGGGUGGGGCGGGAUGGCGGCCGCCGAGUGGCUGGGGGCCGGCCUGGCCCGGGUGCUCUUCUACCCGACGCUGCUCUACACGGUGUUCCGCGGCAAGAUGCCGGGCCGGGGGCACCGGGACUGGUACCACCGCAUCGACCCCACGGUGCUGCUGGGCGCGCUGCCGCUGCGCAGCAUGACGCUCCAGCUGGUCCAGGACGAGAACGUGCGCGGGGUGAUCACCAUGAACGAGGAGUACGAGACGAGGUUUCUGUGCAACUCGUCCGAGGAGUGGAAGAAGUUCGGAGUCGAGCAGCUGCGGCUCAGCACAGUGGACAUGACCGGGAUCCCCACCUUGGCUAACCUCAAAAAAGGAGUCCAGUUUGCUCUCAAAUACCAGGCUCUGGGCCAGUGUGUCUACGUGCAUUGUAAGGCCGGUCGCUCCAGAAGUGCCACUAUGGUGGCAGCGUAUCUGAUUCAGGUACACAAGUGGAGUCCAGAGGAGGCUGUAAGAGCCAUCACCAAGAUCCGGUCACACAUCCACAUCAGACCUGGCCAGUUGCAAGUUCUCAAAGAGUUCCAUAAGAUUACUUCAGAAGCAGCAAAGAAUGAGACUGUGAUACACCAAUGACAUGAAGUACAUGGGUUAGAAGGAACUCAAUACAGCCCAGCCCUGCUUAAUAUGGAAUAUAGUUUACCAGGACUGAAGGGGCUUAAGCCCAUCCUUGACCUAACUGAAAUCUACUAAGUAAUGGAUAA